UCGCUUUCCUUAGCCCGGCGCAGCCUUCCGUCUAAUAGAUAUGACGCAUGCACGUCACACACAAGUCGUGGUAGCCUUGCAUUUAGCGUGGGUCCGUAAUCCCUGUCGAAAUUUGCGUUGAUCCUUGGGUCUUCGCUCGUCGCACACUUUCUUCACACAAACCAGGCGUUAAAAGUCUAGAUUUCGCGCGCAGGAUAUCCCGGCCGGGGACGACGCCAUGAGUAAUCUCCUCCGUCCUCCAGUGAUCCGCUCGGCUUUGGGUGUGCUUGACCGGUCCCUUUUUUCUAAGACUGUCAGCCUGGCUGCUGCUUCUGUUGCCGACAAGAGGAACAUUGCGGCCUGGCGCCAGAAGUUGUUGAAGGACAAUAGCCUUUUAGGCCUCGAGAGGAUCCAAGGCGUUGUUUCCCAUCCAGAUCAGACUCUCGCAUCUCAGGGGACAAAGUGUCUACUCUUAGAUCCGAAAAUCAGGGCUCAAGAACCUGAAACAUGGACUCCUAUCCUCCAUGAAGGUGUAGCUAGUAAGGAAAUAGGGGUCAUCCCAUACGACUUAACCCUGGAUUAUGAUUAUUGGUCUUAUGAGGAUGUGAUGAAGUCCCUGCUUCCCUCGGACUUACGAGACGAGCACGACGGCAUUCCCCAAGGCUUCAACCAAGCAGGACACGUCGCGCACAUGAACUUAAGGGAAAGAUAUCUUCCCUAUAGAAAACUUAUCGCCGAAGUCAUAGUCGAUAAAAAUCCGGCGGUCAAGACGGUUAUUAAUAAAGUCGCCAACGUGGGAACCGAAUCCGAAUUUCGGACUUUCGCAUACGAAGUGCUUGCCGGACCGGAUGAUCUUAACGUUGAAGCGCGGGAAAAUAAUUGCGUCUUCCGAUUUGACUACUCUAAAGUCUAUUGGAAUAGUAAGUUGGAAGGCGAGCACAGUCGGUUAAUCGACAUAUUUCAACCCGGCGAGGUGGUUUGCGAUUUGAUGGCCGGUAUUGGGCCAUUCGCAGUACCGGCUGGUAAGAAAGGCGUUUUUGUCUGGGCAAACGAUUAUAACCCAGAGAGUUACCGUUACCUCGGUGAGAAUAUCAAACGAAACAAGGUCUGGCAAUAUGUUCGGCCAUUUAACCAAGACGGUCGAGUUUUCAUUAGGGAAGCCGCCGACCUGGUGUAUGCAGCGUCCACGAAUGGCGAAUAUGCCGUGUCGGGACCGAAUAGAAGAGAGCAACGUAAUCGGCAUCCGAAUUCGAAGACCACCGACAAGUCAGCGCCAAUCCCGAAAUCUAAACGCACCCUCAUUCCUCCUACUAUCUCUCAUUUCGUCAUGAAUCUCCCAGCAUCUGCCAUUACCUUUUUAUCGCACUUCCGCGGCCUGUAUGCUGGCCGAGAGCAGCUUUUCGCUCCUCAUGCAGGUACAAAGUUGCCUAUGAUCCACGUGCAUUGUUUCGCAGCCAAGGCAGAUGACGAUUCUCCCUUCACAGACAUAUGUGAGCGCAUUUCGACAGAGAUUGGCGUCGAAAUGAAAUUCGGAGAAGCCGAAAACGCCGACGAAGUGUCAAUUCUGGAGGUUAGAAAUGUUGCGCCCAACAAACGCAUGUUCUGCGCCUCCUUCAGACUUCCCCCUGAAGUGGCGUUCGCCGACCGACCCUCGCGACCUCUGUAAGAUUUAAUAAAUGCAGUCAAGAUCGCGCCAGCCUUCAAUCAACGGAGUACCU